AUGUUUUGGAUAUUUUUUGUUUUACUGAUAUUUUCUACUGGUGAUUGUAUUCUUAUCGGUAAAAUCGAUAAUAAUAUAUUGAUUGGUAAUAUAUAUAAAUCAUUAUGGAAUAUAACGCAAAAUCAAUGUAUAUGUGAAAUGAUAAAUUCAAACGGAAUCAUAUCGACAUUAAAUUAUUUUUCAACAAAUCAAACUUGUCAAUUAUUUUAUACAAAUUUUACUUUGAUUUUAAUUGAAUUUAAUCUCAAUUCUUCUUUGAUAUUUAUGAAUCAAUCAGCAAUAUUCAUAGCACAGAAUCAGAUCGCGUCAACAACAACACCAUCAUUAUCGCCAUCAACGACAACAUCAACAGCAACCACAACAUCAACGUCAACAACAACAGCAACCACAACAUUAACAUCAACAACAACAACGUCAACAACAACUUCAACAACAACAGCAA